AUGAUGGCCACAUACAACAACAACAAUGCCCACCCGCUGCCCGCGGCGCCGGUCGGUGGUGCCUCCAUGCAGCCGCCGCCGCCUGUCCAGCUAUCGCAGUCACAGUCGCAGUCGCAGUCGCAGUCCCAGCAGCAGCAGAUGCAAUACCUUCAGCAGUCGCCGCCGCAACAGCACAACCCCCUCCAGCCACAGACGUCAAGGCGCGAGUCGCAGACCUCGCGCCCCUCCAUCUCCCACGGCAGCCGCCCCAAGUCCCGCAGCUUCAGCUUCCGCUCCGAUAAGUCCCAGUCGAUAAAGAGCGGUGGCGUCACAUCCCAGAAGCUCGAGCCAGAGACACACGCCGAGAAGGAGGCCAAGCGCCUACACUCCAAGGCCGACCCGUCCAUGGCCAUCAUCGAAGCAGAGCCGGCCACCGUCGCAGCAACGAGCAAGUCUAACAUGGCCCCGCUCCGCAGCAUUGUCCACCGAGACAACAAUGGAAACCCCAUUGCCGAACCGGACAAGUCAAACCCGACCCGCUAUCGGUGGGAACGGCCGCUCGACACCAUCCGGAGCUUCGAGGCUGCCAUUGACGGCGGCUACAACCGGAAAUCCUCCUACCCGAAUGACAACGAGUCCACCGCCAACUACUCACGCAGAAACAGCUACUACAAUCAAAAUCAAAACAAUGCCCGCUACCCGCAGGACAGCUACUACGGCCGCCCCCAGUCGUACAUGCCGACAUCUAACAGUGCUUACGACUUACGGCAGGGACUGAACGGCCGCGAAAGCUACCAGGACCAAGGCGGAUACAACAACGGCGGCUACCCUGGCGGUCCCAACGGCUACGGGAAUGGCAAUGGUAACCGGCAACGUUACUCUAGAAUCGCAUCGGAGCCGAUGAUCCAUGGCCACCUCGGCCAAAACCCCAACGGCAUCUACCCCAUCCCCAACAACCACCGCUCCUACGAGACCGUCGCCUCCGGCAGCGGCACGUCAGGCGAGCCCGCCGGCUACCUGACCGACCCUACAAGCAGCGACAACAGCUCCAUUGAGCGCCGCCAGUCACCCUCCAAAACCAACAUGAACAUGAUGGGCCCCUACGGCAGCGGCACCCACCCCCCGGGCGCCAACACCUACGGCUACAACGGCAACGGCUACAACAUGAACGGCGGUGGUCCUAAGCAGAACUCGCCGCCGAUCCAGCUGUCGUCUGCACCCACGCAUCCUCAGAUGGGCCAGAUGGGUCAAAUGGGUCAAAUGGGUCAGAUGGGCCAGAUGGGUCAGAUGGGCCAGAUGGGUCAGUUCGGCCAGAUGCAGAACGGCGGCGGCCCCGUGCCGCCGUCCAAGAACGUCAUCACCCGCAAGCCGACCAACCUGUCGUCUUCGCAGGCAUCAGCACAAACGCUCACCCCACCCGCACCUGCCAACGACAAGCGCAAGAGCUGGUUCUCCAAGCGGUUCAGCCGGCAACACUAG